GUUUGCCGUUGUUGUGGCUGCGCAAGAGGAGGGAGUGACAGAAAAAAAAUACUCCGAAGAGAGAAAGAUAAGAGAAGAAAUAAACUGAAGGUGAGGACGGGGCAGAGAAUCGGGCGGGGAGUAAUAAACGGUAGACCCGACUGCACCGGGUCAUGAAGAAGAUUGGGUUGGAAAGGCCUGGGGCCCGGGCCUAGUGAACCUGCGGCUAGGUCUGAACAGAGUGCAAAAGCAAUCAUUCAUUCAUUUCAAAAUAAAACUUAAACAAAGCUGCAGUCACUAUGGCAGCACCGGUGAAUACUCAGAACCCUAGUAAAACAUGGGAGCUCAGUCUCUAUGAACUGCACCGGACCCCACAGGUGAGUAAAACAGGGCAGCUCAGCCUCUACGAACUACACAGGACCCCGCAGGAGGCAAUUAUGGAUGGGACGGAGAUUGCAGUGUCGCCCCGAAGUUUACACAGCGAGCUGAUGUGCCCCAUCUGCCUGGACAUGUUAAAGAACACCAUGACAACAAAGGAGUGUUUACACCGCUUCUGCUCAGACUGUAUCGUCACUGCACUCCGCAGCGGGAACAAAGAAUGUCCUACAUGUCGAAAGAAGCUGGUGUCUAAACGAUCGCUCCGACCAGAUCCAAAUUUUGAUGCGUUGAUCUGUAAGAUCUAUCCGAGCAGGGAUGAGUAUGAGGCACAUCAAGAUCGCGUGCUGGCACGAUUGAGCAGGCUGCAUAACCAGCAGGCCCUAAGCAGCAGCAUUGAGGAAGGGCUGAAAAUGCAGGCCAUGCACAGAGCUCAGCGAGUAAGGAAGGCACAGCAUGAAUCAGACAACACCACUUUCAGUGGAGGGGAGGACAACUGUGACAGCCGCUCUCAUGUCAGCAACGUGUCUACGCACAGCAAUCAGGAGGCCGGUCCGAGCCGCAAGCGCUCCAAAGCUUCCGAUGACUCCUGUCCCGAUCUGGAUAACUCACGGGAAGGGGCUGGAAGCCCAGAUGUUGGGGUGGAUUCCUGUAGUGAAAUCGAGUUGGUCUUCAGACCUCAUCCAGUGCUGGUGGAAAAAGAUGAAUAUUCACAAACAAGAUACGUGAAGACCACUGCAAAUGCCACUGUGGACCAUUUGUCCAAGUAUCUGGCAUUAAGGAUUGCUUUGGAAGAGCAGCAGAAGAGCAUUGGGAAUAACCCUGUCAGUCUGGAGGAAGUCAGUGAGAAGCAGUACACAAUCUACAUCACUACCUCCGGGGGCCAGUUCACGACAUUGAAUGGAUCACUGACGCUGGAAUUGGUGAAUGAGAAAUAUUGGAAGGUCAGCAAGCCUCUUGAGCUGUACUACGCCCCCACCAAAGAACAGAAAUAGUGAAGGAGGGAAAGGACCAAACAAAAAUUGCUAUCUGCUUGCUUACUCCUUCCAUUUAUUCGCCACAAUAAGACUGCCACAGCGUUUUGGCUUUGGAGAGUGUGGAAGGGACUGUGCUGAAUCCCGCAAGAGAAGGACUGGCUGGAAAUUGUUUGAAUUUUGAUGCAAGGCCAUUGAGAGGAAAUUCUUUCAGUCGGGGUUGGGGGAAUAGAAUAAAUCUGAACUGUUACAUACCA